AUGGACGAGGGCCAAACGUCGCCCGGAUUGGAGGCGGACCUUCAGCCGCAGCGCUCGGAAGCGCGGCGCCCGGAGAAAGCGAUAUCGAAUAAAACGAGUGACUGGAGAAGACAACAGCGUGGGAUCAAGUGGGCAUCGAAGGCAGGCAGCCGAGCGAUCGCGGUCCUUUUGGGGGAGAGCGGCGGCUGGUCGAGGGCGCAGAGGAUCACCGGGUGUGCAGCAGUAGCAGCAGCAGUAGCAGCAGUAGCAGAUGCGACCGAGGGUAAUGGAACCUGGGUCAAGUGGAGUCGCACUGGCCGGUGUGCAGCGCAACAGGCAUGCAAGGCGACUCGACGGCUACGAGGGGCGAGUGGUGCCCUGACAGCAGCCGUGGUGCUCGGUGACGGUGACGGCAACGAUGGAUUGCCAACUCAUCGUGCUUGUUGUGCUAAGCCGGGCAUGGAGGACAUGGGGGCGGUUUGGCCAAGGUACAGCGCAAGACGGAAAGCGGAAUGA